AUGGCCUUCCAGGGUAGUGACUCCUCGGGCCUCUUGGUCUGGUUUCUGCUGUUUCAGACGCGACUGGGCGAGCCCCGGAUGGUUCCAGGGACACUAUCUCUUUUUCCUCUCCCCUCGGAGGACGGCCUCGAUGAGCCGGGCAUAAACCUACAGGAGAGGCCUGUUACGGGGACGCCUGAGACCUCGCUGGCCCCCAGGCCUGGGGGCAGUUUGGUGUCCCCUGAUUCGGCGGCACUUACUCCGGGUCACUCUUUUUCAAAGAAAGCAUAUCCACCAUUUGUUCCUGCCCUUUCAGCUUGUGGCCACAGAACUGCAAGGAUAGUUGGUGGACAGCCUGCGGCAGAGAGUAAGUGGCCCUGGCAGGUGAGCCUGCAGGCCGACAAGAAGCACAUCUGCGGUGGGUCCCUCAUCAGCAAAUGGUGGGUGAUGACAGCAGCCCACUGUGUAUACGGUCAUCUGAAUUACGAAGUGAAGUUGGGACAGGUUGACCUGUGGUCCUCAAAGUCAGUCAAGAUCCCAGUCCAAGACAUCAUUGUCCACCAGGAUUAUUCUGUCAUGGGGAUGAUUGUACAUGACAUUGCCCUUGCUCUGCUGGCCUUCCCUGUGAAUUAUAGUGCCUACAUCCAGCCCGUGUGCCUUCCCAGAAAGUCUUUCUUGGUAGAGGCUGGGACCCUGUGCUGGGUGACCGGAUGGGGCAAAGUCAUGGAACAAGGUAGCUCGUCAAGAUGGCUUCAGGAGGUUGAGCUAAUCAUUAUGCGUCAUGAGGAUUGUAAUCAUAUUCUCAAGGACAACACAGGAAAAAUAUUUUCGAUAGUCCAGGAAGGGACAAUCUGUGGCUACAGUGAGAAAGGAGGAGACGCCUGCCAGGGAGAUUCUGGGGGGCCCUUUGUCUGUGAAAUUAAUAAAACCUGGGUGCAGGUGGGGAUCGUGAGCUGGGGCAUCGGCUGUGGUCGACUUGGAUUUCCCGGCAUUUAUACCGAAGUGAGUUACUACAGGGACUGGAUCCUCAGCCAUCUGAGCCGCGCUGCAGGUCGGAGCUCGCCAGGCUUCCUCCUCUUAAGCAUGUGUGCGGUGCUUCAGCUGGGCCUCCUGGUGACACCAUGA